GAGAGUUUGAGUGAGAGAGAUUUCCGUGAAAUGGCGAGAAGACCGGAUGAAGAGUACGAUUAUUUGUUCAAAGUUGUGCUGAUCGGAGAUUCAGGAGUAGGCAAAUCUAACCUGCUCUCCCGAUUCACCAGAAACGAGUUCUGUCUAGAGUCCAAGUCAACCAUCGGCGUUGAAUUCGCCACUCGUACUCUUGAGGUUGAGGGGAGGACGGUGAAGGCUCAGAUAUGGGACACUGCCGGACAGGAGAGGUAUCGAGCCAUAACUAGCGCAUACUAUAGGGGUGCACUUGGGGCUCUAUUAGUGUAUGACGUGACAAAACCAACAACCUUUGAAAAUGUGAGCCGUUGGUUGAAGGAACUCAGAGAUCAUGCAGACUCAAACAUUGUGAUCACGUUGAUUGGGAAUAAGGCCGAUCUAGCCCAUCUCCGUGCAGUGACUACGGAGGAUUCUCAAAGCUAUGCCGAAAAGGAAGGCCUCUCUUUCAUUGAAACGUCUGCUUUGGAGGCAACUAAUGUAGAGAAGGCAUUCCACACCAUUCUUUCAGAAAUCUAUCGGACUAUUAGUAAGAAGUCACUUUCUUCAGAGGAGCCAGCAAUUGGGGUUAGUAUUAAAGGAGGGAAGACUCUCGAUGUUAGUGCCCAAGAUUCUAACACCAAAAAACCUUGCUGCUCUACGGCUUGAUAAUUGUCAUUGGUCGCUCUUUUUCUCCCAUUCACACUGAUGGCUUGAUCUCUUAUGGGUUUUUACUAUUUCUGCUGUAUUAUUAAUGUUAUUCUAUUAUUAUUAUUAUUAUAUCAUAUUGCUAUUAUUGUUAAGUUUCUUCUUUUUGAGUUGAGUGCUAUUUGAGGCUUUAAUAUCCGAUAUAUUUUGUGGCAUGUAUACUUGUACAUUGCAGGCUUUGCAGUUACCUGACUACUUAUUUUAUUUUAUCAAGUAUUACCUCUGUAACAUACUAACAUACAUAUUUUAUUGAGGGUAUGAUAGAGAGAUAAUGAAAUAAUAAUAUGUUGGAAUGAAGGAUAAAUC